GGGCGCCGGGGGAGCCUCCAUGGCGCGGCGCGGCUCCCGGGGCGGCGGCAGUGCCAGCAGCGGCGUCGGUGGCGGCGGCGGCGCGGCGCUGUUGUGACAGCAGCUUGGCAGCUGGGACUGGCCUGCCUCCUGCCCCGCUCCCGAGCGGGGGGCCCGCGCCGGUGUCCCGGGGGCGCGGCGGCGGCGGCGCUCGCAGAGAGGAGCCGUGGCGGCGGCAGCGGCGGCCGGGGGCAGCCGGCGUGUCACCGCCUCUAUGAUGAAAUUCAAGCCGAACCAGACGCGGACAUACGACCGGGAGGGCUACAAGAAGCGGGCGGCGUGCCUGUGCUUCCGCAGCGAGCGGGAGGACGAGGUGCUGUUGGUAAGCAGUAGCCGAUACCCAGAUCAGUGGAUUGUACCGGGUGGAGGAAUGGAGCCAGAAGAAGAGCCAGGGGGAGCAGCCGUGAGAGAGGUGUAUGAAGAGGCUGGAGUAAAGGGGAAGCUAGGCAGACUACUUGGGAUAUUUGAGAACCAGGAUCGGAAGCAUAGGACGUAUGUUUAUGUUCUUACUGUGACGGAAAUCCUGGAAGACUGGGAGGAUUCAGUUAAUAUAGGAAGGAAAAGAGAAUGGUUUAAAGUAGAAGAUGCAAUCAAGGUCCUUCAGUGUCACAAGCCUGUUCAUGCAGAGUAUUUGGAAAAACUGAAACUGAGCUGUUCACCCACCAAUGGAAACUCUGGGGUUCCCCCUCUUUCAGAUAAUAACUCCUUAUAUGUCACUUCUGCACAGACUUCUGGGUUGCCCUCUACUGUGAGAUAAACAUUUGGAUUACCUUUUCAUUCAUGUCAUCACAUCGGGAGACAUCUAUGAUCACAUGUAGGCAUCUGUAUAAUUGUCAGUUCUAAGUGAAAUAUGUGAAUGUGUCAUCAUGUCAAAUUUAUUUGAACAUGUUUUUCUUUUUUAACAAUGUAAAAUAGUAUUUCAGCAAACCAAAGCCAUAUAGGGAUUUUUUUAAGAUGCCUUAAUAGGCCAUGAAAAAAAAAAAAAAAAAAACUUGAGUAUAUAAAUUUCCAUGUCUGCUAAAAUAAAAUAUGCAUCUCAGUGGUGUUCAGCUUAUUUAAGACUUGUGAGUUUUAGUCAGUAGUUAAAGCUUGAGCAAAUAGUCUUAUACUAAACUCUUAUUUGGUAUCCACAGAUGAAGUGCCAGGAUCUUAAGCUGGCAGUAAUUGAGUAAAUGGAUGUGCUGAAGGCAGAGAUGCAUAAGGGUGACUACAAUAAAGCACUAAACCACAUUCAGCCUGUCAAGAGCAAAGG